AUGCUGGCUCGUCAGCUGUCGCAGGCUUCGUCAUGGCACAGAGCUGGUCUGUCCUGCUCUGUCCGAAGCCAUGUCCAGCCGCUCCAAUUCCGCUCGUUUCGCGCCACUUCUGCUGUGUGGAAGCGGUUUCCGGCACCUAGAAAAGUAAAAGGUCGUGACAGGAGCAGCGCAGCCAAGGCGGAGGAGAACAAAGACGGCGAUGAGGCUGUACAAGGCGAGGCAGAGGAAGAUGAGGGCUCGGUUCAACAGUCAUUGAAAGAUGCAAUGCUUGCCAACAAGAGGGCACUGAAGAGGAUCAAGCAGCAGGAGCGAGAGGCGCUCGAUAUAAGCACUCUGUAUCCAGACCAUCUCAAAUUCGAGCCUGUACAAGUUGAAAAGCCGCCGGUGGCCAUGUUGUCGUACGGUCUUGACCGCGUGCUGUUCAACCCCGGUGUAUACCGUCUGCAAGAUCCACGCUCACGAGUCUACAACUUCGACCCGUAUUUAGAGAAAAUCAUGCCGGCCAACGAGUUCGACUUUGAAGCCCUCAGCGAAUACAAGACGUCGUCCAAAGACGAAGACUUGCUUGCCUUGAACAAGCGCAUCGGCACAAAAUUCACAGGCUCCACGUCGAGCAUGUCAAGUGCGUUGCAACACUUUCAUUACUUGCUCUCAAACUUCCGCAAACUCAACCACAACAUGCUCUCUCGCCAGUUCCCGGACCCUUCGCCCAGGUUCUCAAAAACCACUCUCGGCCCCAGCGCCGUCUUCUUGCGACUCAAGGAUGGCGUCUACGCAAUAGAUGCUGACAAGUCUUUUGACACGCCCAACAUCAUGAGUUGGCUUGGACACUCGCUGGAGAAGCUCCUGACGACAGAACGCACCGAAUUCGAGCGCUUCCGCAGAUCGAGCCCCGAUAAGGCACCCGUCGAAGAAAAUGCUGGACGUUGCUAUCAUUAUUCAAGACAGGGCAACAUGAUGAUGCGCUCGCAGUUGGACGCGGUUGAUCCACGACUUCCCGGGACCGGAGUCUUCGAUUUGAAAACAAGAGCCGUUGUCUCGAUCCGUAUGAAUCACAAGGAUUACGAAGAAGGCUCUGGCUACCAACUACGCCACGCCCUAGGCGAGUGGGAGUCAUUCGAGCGCGAAUUCUACGACAUGACGCGCUCGACUAUGCUAAAGUAUUCGCUUCAGGUUCGUAUGGGUCGAAUGGACGGCAUCUUCCUUGCCUAUCACAACAUUGCACGCAUUUUCGGGUUUCAAUAUUUGAGUCUAUCCGACAUGGAUGCCGUUCUCCAUGGCCAGCACGACACAUGCUUGGGUGACCAGGAGUUCAAACUCUCUCUCGGUCUGCUCGACGAAAUCCUCACCAAGGCUACUACUAGGUUCCCGGAUACUUCCCUACGCCUGCACUUUGAGGCGCGUGAGGCUAAAACCAGCUUCAUGUACAUCUUCGUUGAGCCCGUCACGGAAGAGCAAGCAGACGAGAUUCAGGAAGCAGGGGAGGCUGCCCAGCAAGAAUUUGCAAGGAGCGUGAUCGGUCUGGAGAAUGAUAACCCUGCAACACAAGCCAGUUGGCAGGAAGUUCAGGAUGGCGUCGAUGAGGAAAUCGAUUCAGACCAAAACAAUAUCCCGGGACUGGAGAGCGAGACCGAGGUCCCAGUGCAAGAAGAAAAGCCUCUGACCAAUGUAGAAGACGCCACCGCAGAUGAUGCGGAAGAGACGGCGACCAGCGCGGAGGGUCUAGCGGAUCCUGUUGUGGCCUCCAGCGAGCCGUUAUUGGGAUGGACAUUGACUGUCCGCAGUGUGGUCAAUGGAGGGUACGUAGAGAGGCCAGAGAAUUUCAGAGAAGAAGAUGAGUGGAAGAUUGAGUACCACAUGAAGGAGAUACCGGAGACGAGAUGCCGGCCGUUGUAUAACGCGCUAAAGGAGCGGCGGCGUCAGCUUGUUGGGCUAAGAGACGAAGAGGCAGACAAGAGUCUCCAACAUUAUCGCGAUAUGAUCAGGCGCUUCAGUGAACGCGGGCGGGUAUGGAGGGCGGAGCAAGACAAACUUGACGAAGGCAAGGUCCCACUGCUGUUCCGACCGCUUGGACCCGGCUCGGGUGUUGCUCAGCCAUAUGAUGAGGUUAUUAACGAGGUAGAGGGUUUGGAGGAGGAGGAGGAAUCAGCUCAGGAUGAAGUGGCCGGCCAAGAUGGGGAGUCAGCAGAAGAGCUCACUCACGAGGAAGAGUCGGCUCUGGAAGAAGGCUCUAAAGAGGGAGAGCCCUAUAGUGAAGAGACGCAACCCAAUGAGUCGCUCAGCAAAGAAAAGAAAGAGCAAGUUCUAGAAGGUAUGCCGUCGGCUCCGUCAUGA